CGCCCAGACACAGACACGGGGACGGGGCUGCGGUCACCAGAGCCCCGGGGGCACAGGAGCCGUUUUGGAGGGCGAACUGAUCGCUAAGGGACUUGCAGAAUGCCUGUCUUCAGGAGUUUAGCCGGGGCAGCCAAACAGGUCCUGCUGAGCCCGGGCUGCAGUUGUCAGACUCCAGCUCUGACUGUGGCUGUCAGAGCCAUGAGCUGGUCACCACGACAAGUAAAUACAGACGCCAGCUUCCACUCCGUUUCUUUCGCUGAAUCUGAUCACCCUCGAGUUCUAAUCACUGGUGGUUUAGGCCAACUUGGAGUAGGACUUGCAAACUUACUAAGGAAACGCUUUGGUAAAAACAAUGUAAUCCUGUCUGAUAUCAGGAAACCCCCAGAUCAGGUGUUUCAUAGUGGUCCAUUUAUCUAUGCUGAUAUCUUGGAUUACAAGAACCUGCGUGAGAUUAUCGUCAAUAACCGGAUCACAUGGCUCAUUCAUUACAGUGCAGUGUUGAGUGCAGUAGGGGAAGCAAAUGUGCCUCUUGCACGUAAUAUUAAUAUAACCGGUCUGCACAAUAUCUUGGAUAUUGCUGCUGAGCACAACCUUCGUUUAUUUGUUCCCAGCACGAUUGGUGCUUUUGGACCAACUUCACCCAGGAACCCAACUCCUGAUCUCUGUGUGCAGAGACCACGGACGAUCUAUGGGGUUUCCAAGGUGCACGCUGAGCUAAUGGGCGAGUAUUACCAUCAAAAGUAUGACUUGGACUUUCGAUGCCUAAGGUAUCCUGGCAUCAUUUCUGCAGAUACCCUGCCUGGUGGUGGCACAACAGACUAUGCAGUCCAAAUUUUCCACGAUGCUGUCAAGACCGGGAAGUUUGAGUGUUACCUGGAACCCAAAACAAAGCUUCCCAUGAUGUACAUACAAGACUGUUUGCGUGCAACACUGGAAAUCCUCGAAGCACCAGCAGAGCAGCUCACAAUGAGAACUUACAAUAUCAGUGCGAUGAGCUUCACUCCUGAGGAGCUAGUGACUGAAGUCCGAAAGAACCUGACAGACCUUAAAAUCACUUACAAGGUUGAUAAAGUACGGCAGGAAAUUGCUGACAGCUGGCCUAUGGAGUUUGAUGACAGCAAUGCUCGCAGAGACUGGAACUGGAAGCACGAGUAUGAUCUUCCAGAGCUGGUGUUCACAAUGCUGAAUUUUAUUACAAACGACCAGGAGAUGUUGCGAGCAAACUGACUGAGCAAGAAAGGUUUGAAGGACCAGAAACAAUAGAGGAGUCACUGUACAUAAGUAUAUGAUGGAAAGCGUAACUCAAUUUAUGUAAAUAGUUUUCUUUUCAGUACUUGAACUAGACAGACUUCCAGACUGCUGGAACUUGAUGUUCUUCUCAUGCGAAGAUGAGAAUUUUUGAACUUUCUUGCUAUUUUUUGGUAAACUGGUGUGAAGAACAGUAACACAAAAUCCAUUGACUCAGUGGCUGAAGAAAUCUGACUUUGUUAAUCAUUCCUGGCACCAAAGGGCUUUCAACCUUACUGUAACUGUAAAGAUUCAUAAUGGGAAAUGUUUCAAAACUUCUAUGGACACUGCAGUGUGUACCAGUGACUUUUUUCCCACUGGAUGGGGAUUAAACAGGGCGAAGAAUGUUGCAUUCAUUUUAAAAUUAAAUUGCAAUCUUCCACCAGCUGACAAUAAGCAAAAAAUAUUUCUUCAAAGUGUAACCUAUAUCUCAAAGUGAUUUGCACAAUAGCAUUUUUACUCUUUGGCCUUUGAAUAAUGUAUAAACGUCUUUUGCUAAAUGUAGUUGGAUGAAUAAAAAUUGUAGUUUGCUUAAUUACAAUUUUUCCUUUUGAAGGUUUUUUUUAGAAAAAAGACCCAACUGACCUCAUUGACAAUUUCCAAAAUGUUGGGAUCUGCGAGUGUAUGCUGAAUUUGAUGCUUGACUUUUUGUAGAAAGUAAUAAUGUAAUAAAUAAUUCCCAUUUCAUUGCCUCCAAGAUCAAAUGGAGUUGAAGGGUAGAAUCUAACAAAAACAGAGAGAGCUAGAAAGGAAAGUGAGUCAUCGUUUUGGAUCCACGACCCUUCGUCAGAACUUAGAAUCUCUAGGUUGAAAUAACUGACGCAAGUUUGGGGAAAGAACAGAUAAAUGUUAAUGAAAGGAUUUCUCUUAAAAGAGCCAGCACAGACACAGUGGACAGUCUGUGUUGUAAAUUACUAUUGUUCAUUGAUAAUUGACUUUCAAAUUCAAAUGCCACCUGCAGUACAAUUCCAGAUGUAGGUAUAUUAGCAGCUACCCGAAUCUUACACUGUGUCAAGGGUCCUCUGUCUUUGUGUUAAACCUUCUCUUCUGCUGAAGAUUUAAUGGCAUUUUUACUUCCGUAAAAUGUAUUGGCAUGAAUGUGCAAAUCCUAGAAUUUAGAAAAAAGCUGGCUACUAGUGUAGUGACUGAAAUUUUUUUUUUAAAAAAACAAAAAAGCAGCUCCAAUACUUUUUUUUUUGCACUUGACACAAUCUGCAGGUUGUCUAUAUAUUUUUUAGUCCUAGCCAUUUUUUAAAUAUGUAUGUAAGUUUUCAUUGGAUCAAUCCAUAAACCUUGGUUGUCUUAGUUUGGGCUGCUUGUUGCUAUAAAACCAUUACACGGAGAAAUUAUUGCAGUGUGUUUGAAUCAAUUCGGACAUCCAAAGUUCAUUGUUAUUCAUUUUGAAUUGAAUGUUAAGUGAAGAAACCAUUUUUCUGUAUAUGAGCAAGAAAACAAAAGGCCACUAUUAAAUAGGUAUUGUCAAAAAAAAAAA